AUGCUCUCCAUUAUGCGCAAUAAGGUCUUCAUGUUUGUCGGCGACUCGUUCGUUAACAAUCUCGAAAUCUCAAUGCGCUGCCUGCUAGAGACAAAAGCGGUUACCAAGAACUUUUGGGGCAAAUUUGGACGCACGGGGAUCCGAACCCGCGGCUUCAUUAUCCCCCAGUACAACAUCUCCUUCCUCCACGUGCCCUCCAACUUCCUUGUCCGCUCCAGCCCUGUGGGUGCAGCCUCCAGUGCAGGCGCGUGGAAGGUGCAUCUGGACCGGCCUGAUCUGAGCUGGUUCAAGCUGCUGCCCCACACCCACUACGUCAUCUUCAGUGCCGGUCACUGGUUCAUAAAUGCACCUUCAAACCUCCGCCUGUACUACCGCAAAAACAAGCUGCUCCCCCCGUUCCCACGCCCCUACGCUCCCCUCUAUGACGCUCACUUAACCGUUCGAAAAUUCCUAGUUGAUAGCCAGUACUCGGGGCUUGCCAUGGUGAUGACCUUCUCGGCUUAUCACUAUAACAAUGCGUUUUCUAGCGGGGAUGCAGCCAAGAGCUGCAUGGACAUGCGGGGGCAGGUGAUGAACGCCACGAGGAUGAUGUGGGCGGAGAGGAACACAGAGACAUUGCAAGCAAGAGAUGCUCAAGUGAAGGCAUUCAGCUCCUAUCCUCAAUUCAAGAUAGUGGACAUUGCAAGGUCCUCCCUUGCCCGCCCAGACGCCCAUCUGGGCCAGUUCACAGGCAAUAAUCGCCCUGACUGCUCGCAUUGGUGCGUGCCGGGUGUACCGGAUUCAUGGUCUGGUAUAGUGUACUCUUAUAUGGCUGGUGUUUUGAAGUGA